UCUUUGCAGAGCAUUUUUAGAAGCUUCAAAACCCAUCCCUUUCUCUCUCUCUAAUUUCAUGGCAUUUUCUUCUCUCUCUAGACUUGUUAUUUCACUGUGUGUACUGUGUGUUUCUGUGAGCUCAGCUGCUAGAUUUGAUGAGCUGUUUCAUCCAUACUGGGCUUCUGAUCACUUCACCAUUGAAGGCCAAACUGUAAACAUGAAGCUUGACAAGUUUUCUGGUGCUGGGUUUUCGUCAAAGAGCAAAUACAUGUUUGGAAAAGUCAACAUCCAGAUCAAGCUUGUUGAGGGUGAUUCUGCUGGAACCGUCACUGCUUUCUAUAUGUCAUCAGACGGUCCAAAACACCACGAGUUUGAUUUUGAGUUCCUGGGGAACACUACAGGGGAACCUUACCUUGUGCAGACUAAUGUAUAUGUGAAUGGGGUUGGUAAUAGAGAGCAAAGGUUGAAGCUCUGGUUUGAUCCAACUAAAGACUUCCAUUCUUAUUCCAUCCUCUGGAACCAGCAUCAAGUUGUUUUUACGGUUGAUGAAACACCAAUAAGGGUUCAUACUAAUUUGGAGCACAAAGGCAUACCGUUCCCUAAAGAUCAAGCCAUGGGUAUCUAUAGCUCAAUAUGGAAUGCUGAUGACUGGGCCACACAAGGUGGUCGAGUCAAAACUGACUGGACCCAUGCACCGUUUGUUGCAUCUUAUCGUGGGUUUGAAAUUAAUAGUUGCGAGUGUCCGACCAUGAUGGCGGAUUCCGAUAAUAUGAGGCGGUGUGCUAGCAAUGGUGGGUGGUGGGAUCGCCCGACAAUGUCACAAUUGAAUUUGCAUCAGAGUCACCAGCUCAUGUGGGUGCGAGCAAACCAUAUGAUUUACGAUUACUGUACUGAUACCGCUAGGUUUCCGGCGGUACCAGUCGAAUGCCAACAUCACCGCCAUCAUUAGCUCGUGAUUUAGGGGUGUUUCUGUAAAAAAUUUGGUCAGAAAACAGAUGGGCGUUGGUUGAACAACAUGAACUCUAUGUUACAUAUUUUGGGUUCGUAUGAAAAAGUGGAGCAUUGCUCGAUUUGGCAUUUUGCACCAUCUGUCUUGUAUUCAUUACUUUGUAAGCUCUUUGUCGAUGGUUUUAAAAACAUGAACUGUUCAAUGCAAUAACUUUUGAACAUGAAUAUUAUGC